AUGGCACAUAUUCAAGCAUAUGAGCUUCCAAUGGCUAGAGGCAGAUACUGUUUAGUAGGGAGUGAGCUUCCAAUGGCUAGAGGCAGAUACUGUUUAGUAGGGAGCAUUUUACACUGUUCUGAGACAAUGAAGAUUUUGCAGAAGCUCUACCCUGCUUUAAACCUACCUGAGAAAUGUGCAGACGACAAGCCUUAUGAACCAACCCAUAUGGUGUCCCAGGAGAAAACUAAAAGUUUGGGCAUCGACUUCACUCCUCUGGAGGAGAGCCUGAAGGACACUGUGGAAAGCUUGAGGGAGAGGAACUUUGUCAGUUUCUGACACAUGGUAUAGCCAUGCAAAUGAAUCAUAAACAAAAAAUGGUGUCUUCUUGGUAACUUCAUUGUUAAGUGUGUUGGAGUCAUGUAUUUUCUAAUAUGUUCAUGGUAAGCAAUUCCCAAGACAUGCUACAAGUUCUCCAAAAGAAAAACAACGACAUAUAAAAAGCGGUAACUUCUAUUUCUGCUUCUGCUCAACAACAAAAGCUAUCAACUAUCCUAAAUGGGCUCCAGGGAGAUUCGUAGACCUUAGGUCCCUUCCAAACUAGAUUUUUUGUUUGGGAAGUAACUGAGGAAGAUUUUCACUUGUCAUUAACUUAUGCAGAGGUUGGUAGCUAACGAACUAUGUAAGGGCAAUGUUCUUGAUUAUACCAUAUGUAAGGACACAGUGAGCUCUGCCUUUAGAAAUGUAGGCAGUGAGGUGGCAUGGUCCAUUAACUUCAUUCUGUGAUUGGCUGCUCAACCAUUCCAAAACAAGGGAAAAUUAUGCUUA